AUGUCGCAAGAAAAGACUGGCGCCAGCGCGUUCACCAAGCCGGAAAGCAUCACUGAUGCUUCAACGGCAGAAGCCUUGAACCUCUGUCAAGAGGUCGAGGGUCAAGUCGAUCCUGAAAUUGCAAAGGCAAUACGAUGGAAGAUUGAUAUGCGGUUGAUGCCGCUGCUGUGUUUGACCUAUACCCUUCAGGCGAUUGACAAGAACACCAUCAGCUAUGCGGCUGUCUUCGGUCUCCGACAAGAGAUUGGUCUCAAGGGCACUGAAUUCUCAUGGGCCAGUGCGAUUUUCUACCUAGGAUACAUGUUUUGGGAGUUUCCUACCAGCAUGCUGCUGCAGCGCUUACCGAUCAACCAUUUCAUGUCGGCCACAGUCGUCACAUGGGGUACCAUCCUGAUGUGUCACGGAGCAGUUCAUAGCUUUGCAAGCUUGGCUGUUGUUCGAACUCUACUCGGCGCUUUCGAGGCUGCUAUCCAACUAGGAACCAUGCUCCUCUUUAGCAUGUACUAUACCCGAGAGGAGCAGCCCCUGCGCAUGGGUAUCUGGAUCGGCUCAUCUGGUGUGGGCUACAUUAUCGCUGGAAUCACUAGCUUUGGUAUAGGGCACAUCGAGUCUUCUCUCUCGUCUUGGAGGCUGCUGUUCAUCUUCUGGGGAGCAAUCACUUUUGCUUGGGGCAUUCUCCUCUGGUUCAUGCUCCCUGGGCCCCCAAUGCGUGCCAAGUUUCUCACUGAAGAACAAAAGGGAUAUGCAGUCGCGCGAGUCAAGGAUAACGCGACAGGCAUCGAGAAUAAGCGAUUCAAGAUGAAGCAAUUUCGAGAGGCGAUGCUCGACUUGAAGACGUGGUUGUUGUUCACCUUUGCACUGACGAGUAACUCGCCAAAUGGAGGUUUAAGCGCUUUCCAAGGUCUCAUCAUCAAAGGAGCGGGCUUUAGUACCCUCCACACCACUCUAUACCAGAUGCCGUCUGGUGCUGUUCAACUGGUCGCGUGUCUAGUUGCCUGUUACUGUGCUACACGAUUCCAAAACUGCCGCAUUUUGAUCAUGAUCCUUUUCCUCAUGCCCUUCCUUGCAGGCGUCUUGGGUCUUCGCCUCCUCUCUCAAGAUAACUCCUACGGCCGACUGGCUUGUCUCUGGGUCACCUUUUUCUACACUGCAAGCGGAACUCUCAACAUGUCGGUCGCUACAGCCAACACAGCAGGUCAUACGAAAAAGAUUACAACAAUUGCCAUGCUUCUGAUUGGCUACUGUCUUGGCAACUUUGUUGGUCCGUUUUUUUUCAGGACUGAGCAAGAGCCAUGGUAUCCGCUUGGGGUUGGCAUGAUGUUUUUCUGCAUCGCGGCCCAAGAACAGGUCCAGAAAGGCGGAGCACGCGCCAGGGAAUGA